UUCCCAGAUGAAGUUUCCUGAGAGCUGCUGAUUGGCUUCGUUGGAUCAUAACUCUGACUAGAGUCCGGUCGCUUUCUUCCUGCUACUCAGUCGGCCUCUGUUUUGUCUUUCUCUCUGACUGUCCUCCAUCUGUUGCUGUCAGUGACUCGUUGGUUGUUGAGGAAAGUGCGUGUUUAGCCGUGGACAAUGUCUGAGUGCAUGCAUCUCACCCUAUGCAUUUGCAGGAUUGCAGCCUAUACGUGUUUCAGGACACUGUGCUGCAAAGGACCGCCCUCUCCCAGACCUGAGUAUGACCUGGUGUGUAUUGGACUCACCGGCUCAGGGAAGACCAGUCUACUGUCCAGACUCUGCAGUGAAGCCACAGACAACAUCGGGCCAACCACGGGUUUUAGCAUCAAAGCUGUUCCAUUCCAGAAUGCCGUUCUAAACGUGAAGGAACUCGGAGGAGCAGACUCGAUAAAGAAGUACUGGUCGCGGUACUACCAGGGUUCCCAGGGGGUGGUGUUCAUUCUGGACAGCGCCUCCACAGACGAGGACCUGGAGAUGGCCCGCACUGAGCUCCACUCUGCCCUGCAGCACCCCCAGCUCUGCACCCUGCCCUUUCUCAUACUGGCCAACCACCAGGACAAACCUGCCGCUCGCACCACACAGGAGAUAAAGAAGUAUUUUGAGCUGGAGCCCCUGGCCCGAGGGAAGAGCUGGAUUCUAGAGGGCAGCUCAGUGGACAACAUGGAUGCCGUGAAACAGAGCUUCACUCAGCUCAUUGAGCUGCUGGAGGACAAGGACCAAGACACAGGCAGGAUAUGAGCCAGGACCUAAACUACUGGGAACUACAAAUCCCACAGGACCUGCUGAGCCACAAGAACUACAAACCCCACAGGUCCCACAGGACCUGCUGAGCCACAAACUACAAACCACACAUUGGUCGACAGUUAGACCCCACAGGAGCCACAUCCGAGCUACAAAGCCCAUGGGAAGGCAUACCACACAGGCAGGGCAUACCACACAGGCAGGGCAUACCACACAGGCAGGGCAUACCACAAUGGAGCAACCUGAUCGCAGAGGAACCAUAGAACAUGGAGUCAUUCCCCUCCACAGAGAAUCUAUGGGCCUCCAGGGUUAUCAUGGUUAGAGAAGUAAAAGACUACCAGCUCUCAAACUGUAGAGACCUGGUGGACAGACUCCCUGAAAAGUAGUGCAGAGUGAUUAACUGAAAUGUCGGUUUAUUUUUGGUUUUUAAAUAACGAAUUGGUCAAUGUCAGUUCAAUUAUUUGAAUACC